CGCUAAGUGGAUGAGGCUGCUCUGAUUGCACUCUAUGGGAAAGCGAGAAGAAAUAGUCCACCUCUGAUCAUCAACGCGUCAUAUGUUUCAGCGGACGCCCCUCCCCCUGUCUCGUUUUUUUUCUCCCCCUCAGUCAACCUCUCCUUUGACUCACACCGGCGGCUCACCACUGGCGCACGGACCGAGUGGGAGAGGGAUACGAAGCAAAGGAUGGUUGACUUAUACGUGUACCGCAAGCCCUGGGCGGCAUCACGAGCGUCACACGGGCCGCGGAGAAGCUGCAAGACCCCUGCCGUCUCGCGACUGUAAACAGCUGCCGCCUCACCCCCCACUGCAAAUAUUCACAGAAGUGUCACAGAGAAAUAAUGGCAGAGAUGGAAAAAGAGGGCAGACCUCCGGAAAAUAAAAGAAGCCGCAAACCAGCUCACCCGGUGAAAAGGGAAAUAAAUGAAGAGAUGAAGAACUUUGCAGAAAAUACUAUGAAUGAGUUGCUGGGCUGGUACGGCUACGACAAGGUGGAGCUAAGAGAAUCGGACAACCUGGAGAUAGGAGAGACGCCGCAACACACCUCCAUCCUAAAAGAAAACUUGUUGCCAAAAAUCCCAGCUUCAGUGGAGAACUCCGAAGGCUCUCCCGAUCGAGCCAACAGCUCCAUGUCCUUGCCAGCCUCCAGAAACGGAGGCCCAGAGGCGUCCACCAUGGCGUCCACCACCACGCCCAGCUCAAAGGAGCAUGGCAACCUGCCAGUCAUGGGCCCAAUGAUUCCCCCAGCGCUGAUCAAGCCUCCUGCAGAUGAAGAUGCAUCGAAUGUGCAGAUUAUGUGCGCCUGGUGCCAGAAGGUCGGCAACAAACGCUAUUCACUAAGCAUGGGGAGUGAGCUGAAGAGCUUCUGCAGUGAGAAAUGCUUUGCCGCCUGCCGCAGAGCCUAUUUUAAGAGAAAUAAGGUGUGCGACUGGUGCAAACACAUUCGUCACACUAAGGAGUAUCUGGACUUUGGCGCUGGGGAGCGGAGGCUGCAGUUCUGCAGUGCCAAAUGCCUCAACCAAUACAAAAUGGACAUUUUCUAUAAGGAAACGCAGGCUUCCCUGCCAGGAGCACUGUGUAACCCUGCACAUGCAGCAGGUGGGGAGAGUAAGCCAGACUGCGGCGGAGGAGUACAACUGCUCACUCCUGAAUCUUGGGGAGCACCAUUGACUGACAUUCGAAGUAAACCUCCAUCACCUGGGGGGCCUUCCAGUAUCUCAGCUUUGGCUCCUUCUAUUUCCUCUGCCCCCUCACCUCCAGACAUGGCUGGCGUUUGCUCUCCGUCCUCCACUUCAGCCAAAAUUCUCACACCCAGACCCCACGAGAGCUCAGCACUUGUCCCCCCACCUGUUCCAAAUUUGCACCCACCAGUCGGAGUUCCUUCUGGUAGCCCUCCCAUGGUGAUGACACCCAGAGGUCCCAUGCCUCUCCCUCUUUUCAUGGAGCAUCAAAUGAUACAGCAGAUCCGCCCACCAUUUUUCCGUCCCUCUUCACACCCUGCAGGCCCAAACAGCCCUCUAUCAAACCCCAUUAUCCCUGGUAUUGGUCCACCUCCACCCAGCUUUGGUCCAACAGCAAGCUCUAUGCAUAGGCCUCUGCUGUCUCCACAUGUCCACCCCUCAUCCAGUGCCAAUCCUGGUAUGAUCCCGCCACAUCCUGGUCUCUCCAUGACGGGGUUGCCUCCUUUCCCAGUAAACAUGAUGCCCAAUGGACCUAUUCCUUUGUCUCCAGUAAUGAACUUUGGGAUGCCAUCCUUGGCCCCAUUGGUACCUCCUCCAACUCUCUUGGUCCCCUACCCAGUAAUUGUACCUCUUCCGGUCCCAAUUCCUAUCCCAAUCCCAAUCCCAAUCAACUCCAAAACUUUCAAGGACCAACCAGAGAACAGCAACUUAGUCAGCAGGGCUCCUGAGUGCUCUGAAACCCCCGAGUCUCAAUCUCUAGGAUCCCCUGGAGGUAGCAGAGGGGAACAGAAAACAAGACUAUCUGGUGGUGAGCAUGUGUCUCCUUUGUCAGAGAGAGCUACAACAACAAUAGUAGACUUAACUGGGAAAGCAGAGGACAGUUCAGGAAAUAUUGGUCUAACCGGUGGCCCUGGAUUGACAAAUGAAGUAAUUGACCUAACCAUGGGCCAAAGGCCCGGCCAACAGCAGGUAAUUCAAAGGAUACUACCUGGGGUCCACGUAAAAGUAGAAGGAGAGGCAGACUGUAAAUCUCCACUGGCUGUUGGCUUGGAGGGCAAUGGGAGGGAUGAAGAAAAGGCAGAAAGAGAAGGGGAGGGUGCAAAACACAAACAAACUCUGGAAUCAACAGCACCUCCUUCCAGAAACAAUACACCUUUGAGCAAAGCUGAUUCUCCAGUGAGCCAGCUCAGUUCCUGUAUGCCCAAUCUCGCCUUUCCACCUUUACCCUCCUCUAUACGGUCCCAGUCCAUAGUCCUGCCCCAGUGUCCUGUAAGCUCUACUGCAACAUGUAAUGUGAUAGUUAAUGGUACUGGAUGGCGCUCAUUUGUCAAUCCUGCCUUUGAGUCUUGUCCAGACCGAAAAAGAGACCGGGUUGGAGGACAAAAGGAAGAUGGCGAUCGACCAGCCAAUGGUGAUUUGGAGUACGAGGCACUCAAAGAGAACAAUUGCUCGGUCGGUGAAUGGGAGAUGGGAAAAUGGGUUUCAGCACAAGACGAGAAAGUAGACACAGUGGAGGGCAAGCCAGAUCCUGACACCAGCAUGGAGGAGGGUGAGCAUGCCUAUACCCUGCCUCUGCUGUCAGCUGGAGGCUGUGUGGUCAUCCAGCCUGUGCCAAAGCCUUCAGCUGAAAAGACUGCCAUUCUGUCCUGCUCCAUCAGCACUCCCCUGUCAGCAGCCGGAAGCCCGGAGUUGGAGCCACCGCUGAAGAGGAGGUGCCUGCGUAUCCGCAAUCAAAACAAAUAAGUUGGAUGUUUCGAGGACCGCAGUGCCAUCAACUCACAGCUAUCAAAAUCUUAUCACUCCGGACUUCAACCUAUGUGCACGCACUUCUCAUCCUCACUUAUGGUACCGUCUGCCAGCAACACAAACCGCCUUCAACAACAGAUGGGAGUUUGCAUGAUGCUGUGUGUCAGUGCAGAGGGAGGGGAUUCCCAUCAUGUGACAGACUCUUCAAUUGAUUACAUUUUUACAAGCUGGGCAACAGAGUAGAAAACAGAACUUAACCUUUGAACAGCAGAAAACAUAUUCCUGCAACCAGAGGGCAGAUUUACCCCACAUGGCUCUCUAUAGGUUUUAUUCACCUCAUAUCCUUCCAGAACAGCACUGUGUAUUUUGGGGAUUUUUUUUGUCUACUAUAGUAGUAUAAAAUUUCAAAGGUUGUUGAUUGGAAUUGUGUUAUCAAGAUACAAGGAUUUUUGGGAAACAAGUUCACAGUUGGUUUCAAAAUCCCUUUCAGUUUUUCAAGAAAGUUAAGAAAAGUUGCAAGCGGGGCACAAGUUAACCUUCACCAGCAACAACUAGAAUCAUGUCUCUUCUUCAGUCUGGUUUUGCAUAUUCAAGUUGGAUGAACUUUAUUGCACAGUAAAGAAACAAAGUUAUUGGGAUAAUCAUUCCAAUCAGCAGCAUUUGCAGAAAUACCUGAGGAACUGGGAUGGCAUGACGGUGCGGCUCAUCUGCCAACUUUUGUCCUCCCUUCUCCAGGCUGGUACUUGAUCUUUUCAAUAAUACAUUAGCAGUGUUGUUUAAGUCAUGGGGUUCUUUGAGACUGAAUGUGUUGCCUUUAGAAGCUGCUGAAGGAACUGAGCUAUAAUUUCAAAACACCAAAUGCUAAGUACAGUUUUCAAUUUCUGUUUUUCCAGAAAUCACGCCAAGUUGCUUGAAUUCUUCUGCCAACUUUAUAUAUACAUUUUCACAGCCAUUAGUGACAGAUUGUGUGUUUUAAGUGGUAAUAAUACAUUUAAGACUUGUAAAAAGAAAUUGCAUUCUUUUGUUUUUACAUAUUUCCCCAUAAUGCCAUUUAAUUACUGUAUUUUACUCACAAUAGGACGUCCUGGAUUAUAAAAGGCACCGCCAAUGAAUAGUCAAUAUUUGACCUUUGUCAUAUUUAAGCCACACUGGUCUAUAAGGUGCAUUAAAUGAAACAAAAGAGUUAGAGAUAAGUCUAUCGGUCAGUCAGAUUUUAUUAAUUACGUUCACAGUAACUCUAGAAGUUGUUAGUGACACGCUAACCUUGUUAGUAACAUGUAAAGAAAUGACAGCGGGACACGUUAGCGUGUUUACAAGGACACCCAAGCACAAGCAGAAUUGAUCCAUAUAUAAGAGCUCCUAAUUAUAAGGCGCUCUGAGGUUUUUAAAAAAAAGUUAAGGCACCUUACAGUGAAAGUAUGGUAUAUUAAAUCGCAUCCGCUUCUUUGUUUCAUACGGAGCCCGUGUCCUGACAU